AUGGCUCCGCUGCUGGACAUCAGCCGGGAGAACCGCGAGAACGAGGGACCGGGCAGCGCCAACCUCCCCGGCACCCCGAAGAGCACGGGCACGUGCGACCGCGAGGUCCGUGAGGUCCGGUCGCGGCUCAGCCGAGUGCGGAGCUCUAUACUGGAGAUGCCCCCGGAGGAGCGGCUUCGUGUGCUGGGCGAGCCGGAGCGCUUAGGCCGACUGCCGCGGCAGAUGCGGCAGACCAGCCUAGGACCGCCCCAGCGGCUGCGUGCGCAGACGGUGGGGCCCAAAGGCGCGCAGGCGCGAGCGCAGACGCCGCGGCGCGAUGAUCGCAAAGGCCAGGGGAAGGGCAAAGCCUUGCCGCGGUGGCGGAUCUGA